UUAUUGUGUCCGUCCAUUCAUUCUUGUUCAGUGAAAUGGUUAUGGCACAGAGACAGAUUGCUCCUCCUCCCUUCUUCUCUUCCGUUCUUCCCGUAAAAAAUCACAAUCGCAAUCACAGAAGCUUUAGGUUUACGUUUCGCGUUUUCUACACACCACAGCACAACAAUUUCAAUUUGAAGAAGAGCUCCUACUCGAAAAUUUCAUCUUCGAAGGAGGAGGAAGGGGAGGAGGCGAUUAAAGUUGCAUUUGCGAGAGCAAAGGCAUACAAGGAUUCGACACAAUCCGCGCCCCUGGAGAUUAUUGAGGAGAAGAAGAAGAAGAAAACUACCGGUGGAAACGAUGAUGAUGGUGAUGGUGAAGGGAAGAAGGAUGUUCCUUUGGCUGUUAAACUUGCGAUGGAAAAGGCAAAGGAGUAUAAGAAGAACAAAGAGGAGGAUGCCAAUGGCGUCGGAGCUCAAACAUUUGAUUCAGCUUCAGGACUUGAAGAAAAGAUCGAAGAAAAUCUUGCUAAUAAGCUAUCUAUAAAAAGUAACAGUAAAAAGGGCGAACUUUCCGUUUCAAGUAUUGAUUUUGUGGGGCUCGGCUUCUCGGACAAGAAGACCGGCCGAGGUUUGCCCCCGGGUUUGGUUCCACAAUCGGACCCUUUUUCGAGAGGGAAGUUGCCUGAAGUGGAAAUACUCGUCGGCGAUGCAAGUAAGUUUGGUGAUGAUGCAUCGAAUUCAAUCCCGGCAAAACAAGAGGAUGUUGAUCUUUAUAAGCCUAAGGUUUCGACUUGGGGUGUUUUUCCAAGACCGAGUGACAUUUCAAAAACAUACGGAGGCGGGAGAACUAUACGCCCCGGUGAAGCACUUGAGUCGGCUGAGGAGAAGGUCAUCAAAGAAGAUCGAACAAAGAAGUUGGUGGCUGCCUACAAAAGCAAAAUUGGUCUAAACAUCGACCGGAAGCUGAAACUCGAAUGUGAGAAGGCAUUGAGCGAUGGCGACACAUUAAUGGAUCUUGGAAGAUUGAAGGAGGCGAUGCCGAUUUACGAACAAGUCAUGGGAAAAUUAGCAUUCCAGACUGAGCUCCAUGGAUUAGCAGCCUUGCAAUGGUCUAUAUGCCAAGACUCACUCAGCAGACCUGACGAGGCACGUGUGAUGUACGAAAAACUUCAAUCACACCCAAGCCCUCGCGUGAGCAAGAAGGCAAGGCAAUUUUUCUUUGGUUUUCAGGCAAUGGAAAUGAUGAAGGUUUCUAGCUCAACCGGUUCAUCUCUCGGCACUGGCUAUCAAAACUAUUUCGAAGCAUUUGUCGAGGAGAAACCGAAUUAUCUAUUAAAAGAGGCUCAAGUGGAUGAAGAUGGAUUGAACCAAGCCCUCCCAUAUGUUCUUUUCCUGGCUUCACCUAUUCUUAUGGUGUUGCUAAUUGUUGCUUCUAAGUUCCAAUAAAGUAUUUAAACCUCGUGUCGAAUGCUUAUACUUACAUUUAAAUAAGGUCGAAAUAUGAUACCGGAUUUUUUA